UGUGCUAACACUGUCAAACCAUUAUAAAAGGGAGAUACCACUAUGCACAAUUCGCCAUCCAUCCAUCUCUUUACUCAGGACUCGUAAAACUUCACUACAGUCAGUCUACAACUACAAUUAUAUCCAAUUGGGCACGUUGAAUUGCUGAAACCAUGGCAGGGCGAGCUCUGACUCCCUUCCAGCUCAUGGCCAUCCUCUUGGCGGCGUUCCUUGCCACAUGCCACGCCGGCGGCAUCGCUGUCUACUGGGGCCAGAACGACGGCGAGGCGUCCCUGUCCGACACGUGCGCGUCCGGCAACUACAAGUUCGUCAUCCUCGCGUUCGUGUACAAGUUCGGCAAGGGGCAGACGCCGCAGCUGGACCUUGCCAGCCACUGCGACCCCUCGUCGGGCGGCUGCACGGGGCUGAGCGAGGACAUACGCUCGUGCCAGCGCAGCGGCGUCAAGGUCCUGCUCUCCAUCGGCGGCGGCGACGGCAGCUACGGCCUGACCUCCGAGGGGGACGCGCGCGACGUCGCCGCGUACCUCUGGAACAACUACCUCGGCGGCACGUCGUCGUCCCGGCCCCUCGGCGACGCCGUCCUUGACGGCAUCGACUUCGACAUCGAGCUCGGCGGCGCCAAGUACUGGGACAGCCUCGCCAGGGACCUGAAGAACAUGGGCAAGAACCUGGGCGGCAAGGGGGUGCUGCUGAGCGCGGCGCCGCAGUGCCCGUUCCCGGACGAGUGGGACGGCAACGCCAUCAACACGGGGCUCUUCGACUUCGUGUGGGUGCAGUUCUACAACAACCCGCCGUGCCAGGUGAGCGCGGGCCGCGGCGCGUUCAUGGACGCUUGGAGGCAGUGGGAGUCGGUGCCGGCGGGGCAGAUCUUCCUGGGCCUGCCCGCCUCCAAGGACGCCGCGGGCACCGGGUUCGUGCCCGCCGGCGACCUCAACUCCAACGUGCUGCCGCUCAUCACGGGCUCGCCCAAGUACGGCGGCGUCAUGCUCUGGUCCAAGUACUACGACGAUCGCACGGGAUACAGCUCGGACAUCAAGAGCCACGUGUGAUAUUUGCAGAGCUGUUACAGAUACAGAGCCGCGAUGUAGUGUACUCCUAUUCCCUAGUGCAGUGAUUUGUUGGUGUUUGACUGUUGAGCUGUGUUCCAUGUACAUUCUUUCGUUUCAUGUAGUAUCGCACCACUGAAUAAAACGGAGAUACCACUUGGUUGCAGAAGCA